AGGUGCACUUCCACUCUCACCAGGAGUUCCGCGCAUAAACAGACAGUUAGAUGGAACACAAUAUUUGAGCUUAAGUUGUAAAAAAAAAAAAAAAAGUGAUUGAGAAAUUGCCGCUUCAGUCGUGUAAACUUGAUGCCACAGCUGUUCUGGAGGAAACGGAGGAGCCGUGAUUUGUGGGAGGAGCAGCGGGGGUUGCAGCUUGACUCUGGCCGGCAGAAGAUCGUCUAUCUCCGGAUGUGUUGCUGGAGUUGAGGCGCUGCUAAAGGAUCAGCCAAAUCGGCCUCUUUAACUCAAACAUGGCUCCCUCAACUGCUUCCCAAGCCGCCCUGGUCCUGCUGACCGUGCUGUGCUUGAGCGGGGUGCGGGGUCAGUACGAGAAGUACAGCUUCAGGAGCUUCCCUCGACAUGAGCUGAUGCCCCUGGAGUCCGCGUACAAGCACGCGCUGGACCAGUACACCGGCGAGAAGUGGAAGGACUCGGUGGAGUACAUGGAAGUGUCGCUCAGGUUGUACCGCCUGCUGCGGGACAGCGAGGCCUUCUGCAAUCUCAACUGCAGCUCGAUGAGACUGGACGACGAGCAAAAGUUCGAGGAGUUCCCAGAGCUGCGGGCGUUCGGGAACGUGAUGAAGCGGGCGCAGUGUCUGAAGCGCUGUAAGCAGGGGCUGCCUGCCUUCAGACAGGCCCUGCCGAGCCGGGACACCAUCGAUGAGUUCGACCGGAGGGAGCCCUACCGAUACCUGCAGUACGCUUACUUCAAAUCUGACAAUCUGGCUAAGGCUGUGUCUGCGGCCCACACUUUCCUGCUGAAGCACCCCGACGAUGAGAUGAUGCAGAAAAACAUGGCCUACUACAGGAGUCUGCCAGGGGCCGAAGAACACCUCAGAGACCUGGAGACUAAAUCGUAUGAGACACUGUUUGUGCGUGCGGUGAGGGCUUACAAUGGGGACAACUUCCGAACUUCGGUUUCAGACAUGGAGUUGGCUCUGCUGGACUUCUUUAAGGUCUAUGAUGAGUGUCUGGCUGCGUCCGAGGGUCCGAGGGAUGUCAGAGAAUUCAAAGACUUCUACCCAUCCAUUGCUGAUCACUACAUCGAAGUGCUGGAGAGGAAAGUGACGUGUGAGAAAGACCUGACUCCAGUUGUUGGCGGCUUUGUCGUUGAGAAAUUUGUGGCCACAAUGUACCAUUACCUACAGUUUGCCUACUACAAACUGAAUGACAUGAAGAAUGCAGUCCCAUGUGCAGCCAGCUACAUGCUCUUCGACCCCAAUGACGAUGUUAUGAAGAACAACAUCGCCUAUUACAAGUUUCAUAAGGGCCAGUGGGGGCUGACAGACGAGGACUUCCUCCCGAGAAGAGAGGCAGUGCGGUACCACAACCAGACGACAAUGCAGCUGGAAAUGUUGCAGUUUUCAAGGCAACACUUGGUUAGCGAUGAUGAGGGGGAGGUUGUGGAGUUUAUUGACGAGUUUCUAGAGGAAGACUGAAUGUUUUGAACGACGUGCUGUGUAUUUAUUUCAGUGUUCACUGCAUUUCUGUCUACUGGGUUUUUAAAAUAUCCAACCUUCACGUCUGUGGAAUUAAUAAAUAACUGUAGGUACAUCAAACAAAUGAAUCGCUUGCAAAUGAAUUCCUGAAGAAUCAUAUAUGUUGAGAUUUCAUAUGGUUUUUAAAAUAAACUGUUGAAUCAA